UGGCUGGCGGCGGCGGGGUUGGUGCCGGAGUUGGAAUUCGAAUUGGGUUGCUGCUGGAUUUGGGGGGCUCAGGCGGAAGCGGGGCCCGGUGGGAGUUUUCCGAAGUCUCCGUGGCCCGUCGUCAGGGCGGCGGCGGUUGCUGCGCAGCGGAGCGGGUAGCGAGCGAGCUUCCCGCGCCAUUGCAUCGGGAGCUUCCGGUGGGCCGCCGCGCCGGGGUGCCGGAGUAGAGGUCGAUCCGAAUUGAGCGGCCGAGGAUUUGGCGGUUGCUGCCUAUGGGUCAAUAGAUCGGGGGAUUUCAGCUAUGGCCGCCGAUUCCAGCAUGGGGUUCCACCACCAGGGGAUCACCGCCACCGCCGCCUCGGUGUACAGCAACCACCACCACAUGCUCUCCUUCCAGUCCAGCAGCGACGCCGCAAGCAUGGGCGGCGCUGCCGGGAUGGGAUUCGUGGCUCCGAGGAGCAUGAGCGAACGGAGCAGCACCGCGGCCAUGUACCUCUCCCCGAACACCACCACCAACAGCAGCAACAACACCGGCGGGUUCGGCAACACGACUUCGUCGAGGAGCUCGUCGUCAGGGGGCAACACCACCGCGUCCAAGUACAAGUUCGUCACCGGCUCGCCUUCGGAGUGGAGCGACCGCGAGCUGGGCAUACUCAAGGAAGGGCUCGUGAGGUUUGCUCGCGAACCUAAAAUCAUGAGGUAUAUCAAGAUAGCGGCUACCCUGCCCAACAGGACCAUCAGGGAUGUUGCAUUGCGGUGCUGGUGGUCUACAGGUAAAGAUAGAAGGAAGAAACCAGAUGGUUUUUCCACAGGGAAAAAGUUGAGGGACAUGAAGCCAAUGCAGGACCAAAUGGUUGCAUCCGCCCCGAUGGCUAAUUUUCACAUGACACCUACAAACAACUUGACCCCUUUCUCGAUAUCGAUGCAAAGUCCGAACCAGCAGUGUCAAGUUCCCAGAGAAGCAGCUUCUGUCGUGGACAGUGCAACCCAGCAACUACUGGAGCAAAAUAAUCAGUUACUUAACCAGAUUGCUGAAAAUAUUAAUACAUUGAAGACGGAGGAGAACAUGGGUCUCUUUCUUCGGACAAAUAACAACAUCAGAACUAUUUUAACCAGAAUGAGCGAGACACCUGGCAUCAUGGGCCAUAUGCCUCCUCUGCCAGCAUUUGUACAAGAAGACAAGCUUGAUUCACUUCUUCAAGUUGAUAGAUUGGUCCAGUCUUACGGGGCAGCACACGCCGCUCAUAUGAAGCAAGAACCCCGAAGCUAACGUGUGGCAUACAUCAAAAGGAGAAAGACCUUUCCCUCAGUUCCAUUUCUUUGUUGUGAGAAGUUCCUACAAGCUGAUAUACUGACCGAGCUGCAGGAAUAGUUGCCGUACUUCCUCCGAGAUCAUUUCCUACCCUUCCUUUUGAAGCUUACUGAAGCUCAGGAAAGCGUAUUUGGAGGGAACUGUGCAUUUUUGCAGGGUAUGCAAGCGAGUUGCUGCUGUUUCUCCUUCAACCACAACCACACGAAUUCAUGAUUCAGGACUACAGCGAAGUGACUGUAAAUAUUGGAUGGCGGAGGCGUAUUUUGUUUUCCCCAAUUGGCAGUGAAUACAAUUUUUCGGAAAGGGCAGCAUUUGAAUUGUUUCCAGUUUGUACUCUGUACAGUAUGGAGCCUUGUUCUGAUACACAGUUGUGCCGUGUUGGUAAAGCCAGCGAACGGCAUUCCACUUCAAGGGGUUUCCAAGUGCGCAAAUGCCCUUUAGUUUAGGUUUUCUAGUUACUCGGGUUAUUGUCUUUUUUCUUCAACAAAAAGUGAGUAUGGAAAAAAAAAGUAGAGGCGAUGUGUCUGAAUUC